CAUAUAUCCACUCUCUCUGCCUGAUCUCUCCCUCUCAAAAAGACCUUUACUUUCCUACUACCAUCAUCACAACUCCUAAUCAAGAAAAGGCAGAUCCAAGGUGGUUGUUAAGCUGUGAUGCACCCUUAUCAAUCAAUCAAUCGACAAAGUAUUAUCAAUUUUUAUAAGGAAAAGGAGGAAGGGGCCAAAUCAAGGAUGUGCUCCUCCUCGGCCGUGUCUUUGGAUCACCAGCUCCCUCCCUCCGAGCUGCUAUGUUCUGUCCAUUGCAACAUUUGCCACACUGUUCUCGCGGUGAGUGUUCCCUGCACAACUUUCUUCAAGAUAGUAACGGUUCGAUGUGGACGCUGCACCAAUCUCCUGCCUGUGAACAUGAGAGGGCUGCUUCUGCCUUCUGCUGCUAAUCUGCAGUUUCACUUACGCCGCAGCUUCUUCUCUCCUUCAAACAUUCAUCUGGAUGAAAUCUCAAACCAUGGUCCAAACUUUUUAAUUAAAUCCAACACAAAUGACUCCACUUUACCCACUCGUGGAGUAGCUGAGGAGCUUCCAAGGGCACCAGUUAACAACCUCCAACCCCCCGAGAAGAGACGUCGGAGAGUCCCUUCCGCGUACAACCGCUUCAUCAAAGACGAGAUCCAACGCAUCAAAGCAGAGAAUCCAGAUAUAAGCCAUAGAGAAGCCUUCAGUGCAGCAGCUAAGAAUUGGGCUCACUUCCCACACCUUCACUUUGGAAUCACGCCUGAUCAAACAGUGAACACGACUAACGUGCGCCCACAGGAAGCAGGGGACAUUCUGAUGAAAGAUUGAUUUUUUGCUUCUUCAGCUAAUGAUGGUGUUUCUCCCUACUAACUAAUUAAUCUUAAUUCUCGCACAAAAAAGGUAAUUAAGCAUAAUUUGUCACUUUAUUUGUCAAUUAAUUUGUAAUGGUAGUCCUUAGUUGCAGAGGCAACGUGUUUCUUGUGGUGGCCUGGGGAACUAUAGCCAGAGUUUUAGCUGUUCAAGAAUAAUUAACACUACUUUUUUUAAUUUACUAGUAGUACUUUCUUUUCUUUUCUUUUUUUGGGUGAAAUUACUAGUAGUACUUCAUAUCUCAAGAUUGC